GUUUACUUUCUGAAUCGAAAAUCAACAUACGGGUGGUGGUGCAUGAGUAAAGUAGCCUAGCCUAACAGAAUAAAUCCUUUGAACUAUGUUGUUUAAUUUAUGGUGUAUGUAUGAACGAAAGCAAUCGGUUUAAAGUGGUCCAGGUUUUGGUUGGGAAGCCGAUUGAAGUUUCACCGUGUGAGUUGUUGAAAGUUAACUUCAAGUUCAAAAUUGCUUGGAAGAAGAAGCUGCAGCAGACAGAGAAUGUAGUGUUAGGCUAAUGUUCAUGUUAUUUGGGUAUCUGAUCAUGACUAGUGUGCAACUUGUGGAUAGCAUCAACGCUAAUUAGCCCUGUAGUUUGUUUUAGAAGCCUGGAUUUAACAGAUAGCUUGCUAUCAGCCCAUUCCAGUGUUAUUAGACUUGUGCAUUAGUGGUCACUUAACGUAGGCCAAGCCUAGGCCUAGGCUAAAACCUGUAGACACCGUUUUGUGUUAGCGUAGCCUAGGCUACUAGACUACACUGAGAAAACACUCUGAAAGCAUGGAAAGUGGAACAGUAGGUGGCGACGUUCUCCUGCGGAAACUGAAACCCAGACUGAUCGAUAUCCUGACAGCAGAUACUGAUCUGCUUCUGCAACACACCGACUCUCUGGAAUUGCUCACACGUCAAGAAUAUUCACACGUCAAGGCUAUCACCAAUCCGUCAGAAAAGGCGCGCGACCUUUUGGAUUAUGUUAUCCAAAAAGGGAGUUCCACAUCAUGGGACCUUAUACAUCUCCUACAGGAGAAAGAAAUGCAGGAAACUUUCCCAAAACUCAUCUUCUUGAAGGAGCUAACCCGAAAUGACAAGACCAUUGAAAUGUACCUGACAGAGAACUGUGGAGUCAAAAGAAAAAAGGCCAUGGAUGAGGAAGAACCUCCUUCGAAGCAGUUAUGCUCAAAUGCAGUUGUGACUGAGCAGCAGUUGAUGCUGGUUGCAACCAAUAUGGGUCGGUCUUGGAAGCAGUUUGGCAGAAUGGCUUUGGGUAUCUCAACUACAAAAUUGGAGCAGAUUGUGGAGGACAACCCUCACAACCUAGUGGAGCAGACAUUUGCCAUGCUGCGAUUCUGGAGCAUGCGUGAACGGUCAAAGGCCACCGCCAAACGCCUUCAUGGCCUGCUUUCUGAAGGUGACUGGGCAUUGCCUCCUGAAAGCAUUAAUUUCCUCCUUGAUGACAAUUGAGGGGGUAAUGAGUUCACCAUGGCAACUCUCCACACAGAGCAGGACUGCACGUGUACUCUAAUGCCAUACCAACACCACCAGUGACCAAAAGUAUUUUUUAUUAUUAUUUUUUAUGUCAUGUAGUUCUGUAGAGUGAAGAUAUAAUCAAAAAUUAUGUACUGUGUGUUUUAGUGUUUUUUUUUUUUUUUUUUUUAAUGACCUGUGUUUUAUAUUGGAUUAGGUCUUAUUUUAAAUAGUUUUAUUUACUAAUUACAUUGUUAUAAUGGAAAAUGGAAAACACACACACACACAAAAAUGAAAUAACCUGAAACUUUCUCGGACAAAUCACAUUGUUUCACCCAGAUGUACCUGGGCAAUUCAUGUGGUUUCACCCAUGUGCACUUUUGAGAGUGUUUCAAGUACAGUGUGUGCUGUAUGACCAAUAACCUAACUUAUAACUGUAACCUAGAUAAGUAGAGUGCUGGUAACAUUCCUAGUAGGGGAGCCCUAUGGCUUCAUUCUCCUAUAAGCAGAGCUGUGGUCAUGACCACUAGUCAAGUCCAAAACCAGGACUAGUAGACCAAGUCAAGACUUAGUCAAAAGAGUUUUGAGUCCAACACAAGACCAAGUCCAAAGUUGUUUGAAUCCAAGACCGAGACCAAAAUAAGAGACAGACUUGACAUGGAGUAAGCUAAAAAAUAUGAAUUCUCUAAACCUCUUUUUUCUGUGAUGUUAAAAACACUGUACAUUUUUCUUUUUACACUAUUAGGUCAUACGUCAUACGUUUAUAACUUUUUGACUUAAUAGAUGAGUUUUGGAAUGCAUUAAAUUGGUUAAUGUGUCAUUGUUAAUUCUCAUCCAUUAUACAGAUGGACUUUGAACAAAUUCAAUCAUUAUUUUUUCUGAACAUGGUCACUUAAUCACUGAUUUGUUUAUAUACUGUAUAUAUAUAUAUCAUUCUGAAAACAUGGCAUCUUGUUCUUAUCUGUGAGCAAAUUCUGGCUAUAUUACAUUGUAAUAUUAUAAUAUUAUUGAGAGGGGCCUUCACAGGGUUCAGUUCUGAAUUUCCUGAAAGAAAUGGUGAUGGUUUUUUGAAGUGGUUGCUAAGGUGUUGCGAGGGUAAACUUAGUGGUUCCUAAGCAAUAUUAUUUCUUUCAGGAAAUGCAUUUCUUGUUACUAAUUGAUCACUAGAAUGAUUUUUUAUUCACCUCCUGAAAUUAAUGGAAAUGAGAGUUAACCCCAUCUAACAAGCUGUUAGUUUUCUUGCACUCUUUUAAUUUUAACAUUGUUUUUUAUUUUUUAUUUAUUAGAACAUAGAACUAUGACCAAUAAAAUGGCUAUACAUUAACAUUUUAAGUGUUAAUGUUGUACCUUUGCUUUAUGACUACAUAAUCCAGCUGGCCUGACUGUGACGUACUGUGAACUUUGUUCUCUCGGCAAGUAUCACGUUGUUUCACCCUGAUGCUGUUUCACCCUGAUGCUGUUUCACCCGGAUGGUUCACAUGUGUUAACUGAUUGUCACCUUUGUACUGUGAACCGACUCCAUUUCAUCAAGGGAGGGCGAGCGAAAUCUGUAAUGUCAGGCUGCAGAAACGGAGAUUUCUGAAUUUUUGAAUGCUACUGUCAAACAAAUAUCCCUUUAGGAGCACUUAGGGUAAACGUGUCAUUUUAUUGGAUAUCAAG